AUGGGGGGAAAGACGGACCUCGCUGCCAUGCUCGAUGCUCUGGGGAUGUCAGCAGAGGAGAAGCUGUCUGUCAAGGACGUCCGCUCUUUGUGCCACAGUAUCCUCCAUGUUUCUGUGGGCCCAGAUGAAGUCCAGCGAGCCGCCCAGAAGGUCACAGGAGACAACGUCGGCUUGUUUUUUCAUGCCGGGAAACUUCUAGACACUCUGCUCGAGAUUGAGAGAGACCGCGUUGCCAACGAAGACGUAAUCAUCGUCACGAAGGACAGGGACACGGAGAGCAAGGAAUUCAGGAUGUCAGAAGCCCGAUUGCACACUGUCCUGCCCUCGCUAUGUAUCGGUCGUGGGGGUGACGUAGAAGCGGAGAGUGCCGGAUUCAGGUGGAUGGCCCCUCCCAGGACGGACCCGCUACAGGACAUGGAGGAGAAGUAUGCCAUUCUCCGACGGAAGCUGCUCACGGAGAUGCUACAGGAACACUACGGGGUGGCAUCCUGGGAGGCCCUGUUGCCAUGGCAGCAGGAGGAGAGGGUGGAGGAGCAGGAGGCCUUGGCAGAGGAGGUGCUGUGUGCUGCAGACGAGCUGGCUCUCUGCGAGCUCCCUGGGGCUUUUCGUCGCUACCGGAGCUCAGAUCAGGUGCUCCUGAGGAGGUGUCGGGAGGAGGUGUGCGCGGAGGAGCUGCAGUGGACGGCAGCCUUAUCGCUCAGAGAGCUGCAGUGCAGCCGGCAGCGAGAGAUCGGCGCCCUGGCGUUUCUCAUGGGAAGCUUAGACGUGACGGGCUUGCGGUUGCUGUCCCUGUGUGUGAGACUGGCUACUAUGAGGGCAGAGAGAGAGAAGCACUCACACACUGCUGCCCUGGCUGCUAGCCUGUCCUGGGAUAAGUGGCCUGAGGUGGGCCUGUCGCACUGUGAAGAUUUAGCCAGGUAUUGGCUGGCUGAGGAGAGUCCUUGGGCCAUCUGUGGAGAAUCUGAGAAGGCCUCUCCCUGCAUGCAGCAGCAGGCCGUGCUGCAGCAUGUGUUGUCCUGCCAUGAGAAAGAGAGGUGGUUCCUCGUGGAACUGCUCCACGCGGUGACCUUGGAGGAGCUGGCAGGAGAGGAGGAACCGCAUUCGUCUGACGCAGAGAAUGUUCCGGAAGGGCUGGCCAUGCUAAGAUUGGCGGUCAUUACAUGGCUGAGGAAGACGAGGGCUGUGCUGAAGACUCGGUCCUGGGGUGACUCUGCGCUGUGCUUACUGACUCACCUAAUGGAGCUGCAGGAGGCCGAGGUCAGGGCCGUGCUGAGGGGCCUGCUGCACACCCGGAUCGCGCUCGGCGUCGGAGGCGAGUCGCGGGAAGUGCGGCUUUUCGACCUCUACUCCACAAAGGUCAAGACCAAGAGGAUCUUCCAGGACAUGAAGAUAGCAGACAGGGUGCCCCACUAG